UCAUACAGAAAUGUACGACAAGAUUCUUUUCAUUCUAUCCUUCUAUUUCUCUUUCAUUUGUGCGCAACAACCAAGGUUCACAUGUCCGAAUAAUGCAAAUCCGUUAGUUUCAAAUGGUGGAACUAAUUUAUUUUGUACAUCUGUUGGAUCAAAUACUGAUUGUCCAGCAAGUUCGAUAUGUGUCACUGCUGCAAAUGGUCAAGGAGUUUUAAUAUGUUGUUCUCAACCUUCUGGUGUUACACCAAUAUGCCCAAAUAAUGCAGUUUCUCAACCAUCCACGAUAGGAUAUGUAGAAUGCUCACAAAAUAAUCCGACUAAUUGUAUAACUGGAUAUCAAUGUGUACAAUCUUCUAAUGUUGCUUCCACUUUUCUAUGUUGUUCCUCUUCAAUAUCAACUUCAUCUUGCCCAUCUGAUUUCACACCAGCAGUUGGUUCAAAUGGAGGAACGGUAUCCUGUAGUCCUUCUGUAUCCACGUGUCCAUCUGGUUCAUCGUGUAUGCAAAGUACUCUCAACUCUGCAUUCAUAUGUUGCAGAUCCUCAAGCUCGCAGAGAAUUUGCUCUAACAACCAAAUUGCACUUAUUACAAAUGGAGCUCUCGAGAUGUGCACAACACCCGGAACACAAUGCUCAUCGGCCGGGUACACGUGCCAGCUAUCAGUACUUCUAGCAACAUAUGUUUGCUGUGGACAAGGGUCAACUGGAUCAACGAUCGGAUGCGCUGAUGGGCGACCGGUUUAUCAACAGAUUGCUGGUCAAACUUAUACUUGUGAAAUCACGAGUGCUAUCACAAGUUGCCCAUCCGGUUAUGAUUGUGCACCAUCUGAUGAUCCGUUCGUAGAUGUGUGUUGUUUAACGGGUUCGACCCCGAUUCCGGAAAACCUUUCAUGUCCGACUGGUUGGAAUUCUUACAAAAAUGAAGUGGAUAACGCAGUUCGUACUUGCACAGCUGUACUUGACACAUCAUGUCCAAUUGGAUAUUCAUGUGCACCGUCAAAUCAAGUAUCCCAAUUUUUAUGUUGUCGCCUUGCUUCUUCUUUAAUUUGUAUCAACGGGAAGACAUUACUUGUCAAUGGUGCUCCGAAACUAUGUACACCAACUACUUAUAGUCAGUGUCCCUAUAAUUAUUCGUGCCAGCAAAGUGUAAAUCCCACUGUAACAGUAUGCUGCUCCAAUACAUAAAUUCAUCAGUGAAAUCGUUUUAUUUUAAUAUAUUUGAAAAUAGAGAGUUCAAUGAAGUAUAACAUUAUCAUAAA